AUGUGGCUGCUGAUUUUCUUAGUCUGGGUGGUGGUGUGGGCAGGUGGGACAUACUGGUACCUGUUUGGGAAAAAAAGCCCCUUCUCUCUGGAGUCGGUGAAACCCCCUGCUCCUCGGGAGUUUGAUCAGAAGAAACGCGACAAAGUCAUCAAACAAGGUAAAAUUACUCCCUGAACUCUGCUGUGAUUAGAGUCUACUGCUUAUCAUUUAACUGUAAAAGUGCUACAGCUAUUAGGGAGGGAUUUACUUUUUUCUGAUGUGGUGAAUGUUUCAUAGAAAUUUCAACCCCAAACUUUUAAAAGGUCCCAUAUGACAUGUUAUUUUAGGUUGUUAACUACAUGUUUUACUAGACUUAAGUCAGACCGAUAAAUGAUAAAAAUGUCCUCUUAUAGUUUAUUAGUUUCCAAAAACAUCGAAUGUAUCAAACAAAAUAGAUAAAUAAAUUUGUUAAUUUUUAAGGACAUUUUUAUUUUUUUGGUUUUCAGUAGUAAGUGAAAUAAAUAUUUCAGCUCCAAAAAAAUAGGUGAAUUUUCUGGCCUUAAUUUGUGGUGUCAGGCAUUAAAGGGCUACACCAGGUUUUAAAUCAUUCAGCAAAAUUAAAUCAAUCAAAAAAUUUGGCCUUUGUGGGGGAUUUAUCUGAGAGAGCAGGUAUGCUAUGAUAAAGAAGUUCUGCACUGAGUAGUUACUUGCGUACUAAGGGGAGUUACAAACCAGAGCAGAAUCCAGCAAAAGCUUAAUUUAACAAAAAGUAGAAUACAAUAUUUAUUUGUUACUAUUCAGGGUUUAUACUGCAAGAUUCUUUUACGCUGAAACAAAUAUGGCGAGCGCUCCAGGAGAACCCACACUAACACCAAGAGAGAUAUUGUGACACUUGCUCAUCAUCUCAAAACUCGAAUUAAAAAAAAAUCUAUUUAAAACCUGUACCAUAUGAGGCUUUCUCUCCCAUUAAAAAUUUGUUAUAGGUUUUAUAAGUGUUGAGGUUCACUCAUACGAUUAUCUGAUUGACCUGCCUGCUCUGUCGUAACUAAGAGUUUGAAUUGGACCUAAAUCAGAGGGGGUAGUAAUUAAACUUCAUAUGUGUUUUAUCUUAAUUAGAUUAUGACUAAGAGAUAGUAAAAUGUCUGUUAUGUUUAUUGCCGACUGAAGAUUAUCGGUACAGGAUUACUGUACCUGGUUCAGCAGUUAUGAGUUUAUGACUGAAGAGGUGUUUUUAGUACAACUUUCUGCCAUUUAUGCAACUUUCCCUGAUUUUUCAGUAUCAGCACCUUGUCAUAACAUGAAGGCUUAUUUUCACUGAGUAAACUGAAACUAAACUCUGUGAUUCUGUCCAGGUUUCAGCCUCGACAAAGUGCCCAAGAACCUGGAUGUCAUCGUCAUUGGGAGCGGUAUUGGUGGACUGACAGCUGGAGCCACACUGGCCAAAGCAGGGAAGAAAGUCCUGGUGCUGGAGCAGCACGACCAGGCAGGAGGCUGCUGCCAUACUUAUGUAGAGAAAGGCUUCGAGUUUGAUGUCGGUAAGAUGGCUUAAAAAUCUGAAAUGCCCAAUCUAGAAACAAAUAUAUUCGGCCAAACCAAAGAUGAUAUAAGGUGGGUUUGUUUCCGGUCUCUUCUAGGACUUCAUUACAUCGGUCAGCUCCAUGAGAACAGUCUACUGCGCAUCGCUUUUGACCAGAUCACUGAAGGCCAGCUGGAGUUUCAGGAGCUAAAACCACACUUUGACACCAUCCAGAUUGGCCUUGGCGAUGACAAACGGGAGUACACGGUCAUUUCCGGUAAAACUGAAAUGGAAGCCCACCUGCUGAAGCAAUUCCCUGAUGACACAGAGGCCAUCAAGACGUUCUUCAAAAUUAUGAAGGUACUGUUUUUGGUGGAGCAGGUUUAACUCUAGCUCUAUCUGUCCAAAUACAAUAACCCCAACUAUGACUCUUCGGCGUUUUAACAGCUCUCAGCUAAGAAGACCCACUACCUGGCAACGCUGAAGCUGAUCCCAAAGUGGGUUUCUUUAUUCCUGCUCAAGUCAGGCAUCGCAGACCUCAUCUCACCAGUCUUCCGUAUCAGUGGCACAAGUGCAACAGAGUAUGUGAACACCCUGACCAGCAAUAAGGAUCUCCAUCUCAUCUUUUCUUAUCUUUUCUAUGGUGAGUCGUACAGAGGUCUGCAACCAGCUAUCAAUACCAGAAAACUGGAAAUUAUCAGGCGAAUAAGUCUUGUUGCUCCAGAGCUAGACCUGAACAUGAUUCCGUCCGUAUCCUUGGUUUUGUCCAUCUUCAGGGGUGCCUCCAAAAGACUCCAGCGUCAUGAUCAACGCCCUCCUCAUUCAUCACUACAAACGAGGUGCUUACUACCCUAGAGGUGGAGCCAGCGAGAUCCCCUUCCACAUCAUCCGCACCAUCCAGAAACAUGGAGGAAACUGUCUGGUCAGAGCUCCAGUCACCCAGAUUCUGGUCAAUGAGAAGGGAGCAGCUUACGGUGAGGAAUAAUAUCAGUGUCUUCUAAAAAGGUGGAUAUUUUCCAGGUAGCUGACUGCAACCCUUCUUUGUGUGACAGGUGUGAAAGUAAAGAAAGGUCAAGAAGAGGUCGAGGUUCAUGCACCUGUGGUGGUGUCGAAUUGUGGUGUUUUCACCACCUUUCAGAAGCUUCUUCCCCCUGAGAUUCAAGUCAAGACGGGUAAAAGAAAACCCUCUAAAAAAUGAACAAAUGAAUUCUUCAUUGUUUCAGAUAAUAAAGUGAAAUAAGGUGGAAACUGUCAAGUGAUUUUAAAGUGUUCAUGUUUUAGAUGUCCAAGAGAGAUUGAACAUGAUGAAGCAUGGCAGAGGAUCGUUCUUGGUCUUCUCUGGCUUUGAUGGAACUCAAGAAGAGUUGGGUCUGGAGUCCACCAACUACUGGCUGUUCAAAGAUAAUGACAUGGACAAGUCGUAAGUAUGCAGAGCAGUGAUUACAAUGGAAACUGUCUGCAGGUAGUGGUUGAAUCACCAGAAGGGGGCAAUAUUGGAUCAGAAGUGAACACUCAAUAACACCACAGAGACAAAACUAACCCCACUUCACCUGCUUACUGAGACACUGAUCCUCUUGUAAAGGUUGACAUUCAGGAAAGACCUUUGUUACUGAAGCUCAUUUAGUUAUGCAGCUAAUUUCUGUAAACAGAAUUAAAGAAACACUCUUUACCAUGCUACAGUUGCCUUUUUAUCCUCUAGAGGGAGCAGAAGCUCAGCCAGAUUUCAGCUCCAGGAUUUAAAUACCAUCCUUUGAGUUCUUUCAUGUGGGGCUUCACAGCAGAUUAAUGCAGCAAAGACUGGUCUGACUGAGGAAUGAUGACAUGGAUGUUAAAAUAUCUCUGUUUUUUGUUUGUAAGGAUGGAAAACUUCUUUGCUUUGGGUAAAGAAGAAGCACCAGACAAUAUCCCCAUGAUGUUCAUCACGAUGCCCUCUGCUAAAGACCCUGAGUCCAACAUAAGACACCCUGGUACAUCCACUGUUUAUUUUCUUUAGUUGCAAAAGCAAGUUAUGAAGACAUGAUCUCUAACAGAUUCAAAAUACUGAUGCAUGUGUGUGAGUUGUGUGUGAGUUAUGUAUGUUAUGUGUUUCACGUUCCCAGGGAAAUCCUGCAUGACAAUACUGACGAUGGUGAAGUACGAAUGGUUUGAGGAGUGGACGGACACAACGGUGCGCAAAAGGGGUGACGACUACUACAACUACAAAAUGAGAUUCGCUGAGAAUCUCUUUGCUUGGGCCUGUACUCUGUUUCCUAAAAUCAAAGACAAGGUAAGAUCAGUCAGAGUCAUACAUAUAUGUAAGUAUUCACAUUGUAAAGACUUUAUUCUGGCACCAGUGAACUCGGGGUACAUGAAAUAGGGUGGUAUGGUUUUGAUCCGAGACUUCUUUCGCAAACACCCACUUUCUUUGACUUGUCAUUUUGUGCAGCCGCUGACCAAAUUCAAAAAUACAUUUGUUACUGGUUUGUCUGUUCUGUGUUAUGGUAGAAACAUAGCAGUGCAAGAUAGUAGCCCCAAGAUGCAAGAUGCAAGAUAGUAGUAUACACUAAUCUAAACAUACUUAUAAAUAUGCACAUCCCAUUUCUUCCAAGCCUGUUCCGCUUGCUAAAUGUGUAAUGUCUGUCAAAAACAAAAUCACAAUUAUCUGGUUUCUUUUAGUUGGUUUUCCAGGAUGUGGCGACCCCGCUGAGCAACAUGCACUACCUCGGAGCCCAGCGUGGAGCCAUGUACUCUGCUGAGCACAACCUGGAACGUUUCCAGGCUGAGGCCGUGGCGAGGAACAGGAGUGACACCCCUGUGAAAAACCUCUUCAUCUCAGGUACAAAUCUUACCGACAUGGAGAAAAGUUGAGCAGAGUCAGAACUUCAUGUUUUUACUUUGUUGUGAGUGAGAGAAGUUUUCACAGUAGGUCAUUCACUUGAAACAGGAGAGCUGGUUUUGCUUUGAGAGUGAGGCUUUUUUACAGUUUGAUCUUUUGCAUGUGAAACUGGUUCAAACAGUUUUAAAAAGAGGAGGAAACAAAGGCUUGUCAAGGGAAACACUACCUAGGGGGAGACAGAGACAAUAAUCCAAACCCAGACUUGUCUUUUCCCAUCAGGAAAGUUUUAUGCGUGUCUUUUUUUUUUCUUUUCCCAGGCCAGGACGUGUUCAGCUGUGGGAUAGCUGGCGCUCUACACGGUGGACUCUUGUGCGCCGCCACAGUGUUGGAUCACAUCAUCUACAUCGACUUGCUUUUCCUCAAGAAGAAGUUGAAGAGGAGGAAAGCCAAAGAGUUGGCCCUGAUGGCAAAGAAGAAGCUGUAG